GCGAUGCCGUUUGGCUGCGUGACGCUGGGAGACAAGAAAGAUUAUAACCAGCCGUCUGAGGUGACCGACAGAUAUGACCUGGGCCAGGUCAUCAAAACGGAGGAGUUCUGUGAAAUCUUCCGGGCCAAGGAGAAGACGACAGGGAAGUUGUACACCUGCAAGAAGUUUCUGAAGCGGGAUGGGCGGAAAGUGCGGAAGGCAGCCAAAAACGAGAUCAUCAUCCUCAAAAUGGUGAAGCACCCCAACAUCCUACAGCUGGUGGAUGUCUACAUCACCCGCAAGGAAUAUUUCAUCUUCCUGGAGCUGGCCACUGGCCGGGAGGUCUUCGACUGGAUCCUGGACCAGGGCUACUACUCAGAGAAGGACACCAGCAAUGUCAUCCGGCAGGUGCUGGAGGCUGUUGCCUACCUGCACUCACUCAAGAUUGUCCACAGAAACCUCAAGCUGGAGAACCUGGUGUACUAUAAUCGCCUGAAGAACUCCAAGAUCGUCAUCAGUGACUUCCACCUGGCCAAGCUGGAGAACGGGCUCAUUAAGGAGCCCUGUGGCACCCCUGAGUACCUGGCUCCGGAGGUGGUGGGGCGGCAGCGGUACGGGCGGCCGGUGGACUGCUGGGCCAUCGGCGUCAUCAUGUACAUCCUCCUCUCGGGAAACCCCCCUUUCUACGAGGAGGCAGACGAGGAUGACUAUGAGAAUCACGACAAGAACCUCUUCCGCAAAAUCCUGGCUGGGGACUAUGAGUUCGACCCGCCGUACUGGGAUGACAUCUCGCAAGCGGCUAAGGAGCUGGUGACACGCCUGAUGGAGGUGGAGCAGGACCAGAGGAUCACAGCAGAGGAGGCCAUCUCCCAUGAGUGGAUCUCUGGGAAUGCUGCCUCUGACAAGAACAUCAAGGAUGGUGUCUGUGCCCAGAUCGAGAAGAACUUCGCCCGGGCCAAGUGGAAGAAAGCCGUGCGAGUGACCACGCUCAUGAAACGCCUGCGGGCGCCCGAGCAGACGGAGACGGCGGCAGCCCCGGCCCCGGCAGCGGCUCCGGCCCCCGCAGCAACUCCAGCCCCGGCAGCAACUCCAGCCCCGGCAGCGACCACGGCCCCGGCAGCGACCACGGCCCCGGCAGCGACCACGGCCGCUGCCCCGGCUCCCGCCGCCGCGGCCACGGAGCCCGCGGCCACAGAGCCCGCCACCGACACGGCCCCGGCUCCGCCCGCCGCCGCGCAGCCCCCGGCCCCCGGCACACCGCCCGCCACCACAUGUAACGAGGUCGGGGCCGCCGCCGAGCCCCCCAGCGAGCAGAGCGGCUGAGCGGCCCCCGCGCCCCCUGUACAUAGCCCCGGCAUGGCCCCCCACCCCCGCCUGCGCCCCCUUUUCUACGUGCCCCGCCGGAGAGCCGGCCGCGGGGCAGAGCCCUGCAUGGCGCCCGUUCCCCCGUGUCCUCCCAGCUCUCUCAGUCUGUCCCCCGCCGCCGUCCCCUCCCCCGGGGAUGCCCAGAGACGCGGGGCAGCCCCCUCGGCCGCACGCCCCGCAGCGCUGGGGGGGCAGCGCG